UUUAACUUCCUGUUGUCAAAUUCUGACCACCGACAAAUAGCUGUACUGGAAAGAAACAAUACAUGACCUUUGUCGUGUAGAAAAUGCCGAGAUCAAGCAGAAGUCGAGAGUCUGGGUCUCGACGGAGCAGAUCGUCGAGCGGUCGUUCUCGGGGUCGCCACAGAGAGCACCACCAUCAUAGACAUGGACAUCAUUCCAUCAACUCUCAUCUCCGCCAGCUCUACAGGUUCCGUCAGAAACAAAAAGAGAAAAACUUCAAAGCUGCCUCCUGCAGCAUGAUUGCUAUUGUUGUGUUGUGCACUGCUUUGUCAGAGCCCAGGUGGGUGUCGCUGAAAGGUGGAGGCUGUACCAUAGGAGACGUCCAGUCGACCGUUACCACACAUUUGGAUCAUCUAGGCGCUUACCAGUUUUUCUAUCCAGGGAAAUUUUAUGCAGCAGAUGAAAACGAACAGUCACUGUAUCAGUAUGGACCGUCUCCCACUGAUUACAUGCACAACUGUGUGACCUACCGGGCUGUCGUUCUGAUGAAGGUUAUCAUCACCUUCACCUUCAUUGCCAUGGCUUGUUCCCUCGGAGGCUUCCUCUUAGAUUUGAUUGGACCCUCCCGGAGAGCUCUCAAAAUUCUAAGGAGAAAUGCUAUAUUGAAUAUAAUUGCUGUGAUAAUGUGUGUGAUCAUAAACAUGUUCUGUUACUGGUUGACGGCGGAGGUGCAGGCGCUUCAGAAGCACACUAAGGUACACAUUGGCAGUAAAGUGAACGUAAACUUUGACAUCAGCUUUUUCCUGGUUGCGGCAGCUGGAGCUGUAGGUGUUUUGGCCACAGGCUUGAACUGUCUUCGUCGGUAUCCAGCCUACGAUGACAGCCCGUCUGAGGCCUUGCUGGAUGAUUUUGAUGGAAUGGAGGGACUCUUAGCUCCAGAACCAGAUGCCUCCCCAUUGGCAAACAUUCCUCCACCACCGGCCUAUACCCCUUGAUACACCACCGGCCUAUACCCCUUGAUACAGGUGGCUUUGUGGAUCAGGACUGUGCUGCUGUGCCUAGGUUUUCUACACACUGUUAUAGCUAUAGCUGUAAUACAUCGCCCCUGUUGAGACCGUUACCACACAUACCCGAUAUACACUUACAGUAGAAUAUCUUUAAUCUGGGAAGCUUUAUCAUUGUAUCGCGCCGACACACUGUUGUGGAUUAAGUUCAGAAGUAAUAAUUUUUUACAUCACUGUCUUUUGCCUGUAAUAAGCCGGGGGCUAGCAUUUUUACAGUUCCGUAUUUAUACUGUAGUAAGCCUAGGGUGCCAGCAUAUAACCGCUGACUCAGAGGAGGAAGGUGGACUUAUUUCAGAACAACAGAAUAUCUUGGCAUCUCUACUGAAAUACAUUAGAUAUGGGUAAUAAGUUUAUUACCAGGCAUGGGCUUAUUGUCGGAUAAAUACAGUAGUAUAACGGAAGUUGGACGAUUUUUCUUGAAUUUAAACCUGGCUGUUUGCAGAAAAAAACUGAAUAUCAGAAACGACUUGUAUACUGAUCAUGGACAUUACUGGUCCAAUAAAGGUAUGUAGGAAUUUAUUCCGGAUAUGUGUCCAGUAGACAAACAAGGGUUUUACUGUUAAUUUUGUUUGUAAGCUUUGCCAAUAAGUUGCAUAAAUGAAUCAUAUGCUGUUACAGUGUAUCACCGUUAUGUAUUCCGUCUUUGCGUAUUGCAGAGUUAUCUUCUCUUGAGAGCAGGUAUUGAUUGUUACGUCAUUGGUUCGU